AUUAACGCAAAGUACGGUCGUGAGCUAAAAUUUAUUUAACCAAUAAAAAAUGGCGGGGACAAUUAAUAAAUUAAUUGCUCUCUUAGCAUUAUCUUACUAUCAAUGUCAGUGUCAGUGCAUUGAGGUGAAAGAUGAGUACUACCCUCGAUACCACUUGGCCCCUCCUUAUGGCUGGAUGAACGACCCCAACGGGUUUAGCAAGUUCAGGAAUGAGUACCACCUCUUCUACCAACACAACCCUUACAGCAGCCAGAAGCCCGGCAACGUGCACUGGGGUCACGCCAAGAGCAAGGACCUGGUCCAUUGGGAACAUCUGCCCAUCGCUCUGUUCCCUGAUCAAUGGUACGACAAGAACGGAGUGUUUUCAGGAAGUGCCCUCGUCGACAAUGACACCAUGUACCUGUACUACACCAGCAACCUGGACCACCCGGGGCAGACUCCCGACCACGAGCAGCAUCAGGCGCUAGCCACCUCCACAGAUGGUCUAAAUUUCAAGAAAUACGAACAGAACCCUAUUAUAGCUGGAGCUGAUUUACAGCCAAAUAUUCGGGAUCCUAAGGUUUGGGAGCACAACAACAAAUUUUAUAUGGUUCUCGGACAUUCCAUUAACGGAACUGACGGUGAGGCACUUUUGUUCACGUCGGACGAUAAGAUACAAUGGACGCAGGCGUCCACGCUGCUGCAGUCCAACGGCUCGUUGGGCUUCAUGUUCGAGUGUCCCGAUUUCUUUGAAUUGAACGGAAAGUUCGUUCUACUGUUCUCUCCUCAAGGAAUCAAGGCAGAGGGUGAUAAAUACAACAAUUUGUAUCAAACAGGGUAUGUAGUCGGAGAUUUUGACUAUGCUACUAACGAGUUUACUCCUCUGACCGAAUUCAAGGAGUUGGACCACGGCCACGAUUUUUAUGCUACACAAACUAUUGAUGAUCAUGGCAAGAGGAUAAUGGUUGCGUGGAUGGACAUGUGGGACAACGUGUACCCCGAGCGAGCUGACGGGUUCGCGGGCCUCAUGACCGUGCCGCGGGUGCUGACUCUCGAUAGACAGCUCAACAUCGUCCAGAAGCCGAUCAGACAACACGCCCACAGGCACCACGCUCUCCACCAACCAGGGCCUCCCCACGCUGACGCUGCUCUGGAGCUUCCUGACAAGACUGCAGAAAUAAGUAUUCGCGCCCAAAAAGACAGUGCGGUUGAUGUCGUGAUUGCCCAGAAAGAUGCUACUGAUGAAGAUUACACGAGUGUGAGGAUUCACUACGAUCCUGUCAACGGAACGGUGACGCUCGACCGCCAGGGCGCCGACAGCGUCCGCCGCACCCAGUGGAGGCCUGAAGGGAGGUACCUCACCUGGAAGAUACUAGUGGAUGCCAGUUCUGUUGAGCUGUUCUGCGGAUCAGGAGAGGUGACGUUCUCGAGCAGGUUCUUCCCGCGGGGCAAGGUCACCGUGUCCACUGAAACGUCCAUUCGACGUCAUUCUUCAGUUAGAAUCUCUCCUGUACAGCGCACAGUGCCCGAACCUAACUCCCAGCAGCAAUGCUCCGCCUAUUAGGAAACUAU